CUUCAGACUGCUGGAGAAAGGUGUGGCUUUGGACGGCGAUUCGCAUUCCCAGGGAAAGAUCACAUCAUAUUUGUCACCAAGGAGGAUCAUGAAGCCCCCAGUAAUGCUGAGCUUAUUGAAGAUGACCCUAAUGAUUCCGAUGAGGAUCACGGUCUUAUUUUACCCAAUGGGGAAAUAAACUGGAACUUCCCGUGUCUGGGUGGUAUGGUUAGCGGCCCCUGCGGACAGCAGUUCAAGGAAGUCUUUUGUUGUUUCUACUAUAGCAAGGAGGAGGUAAAGGGGUCUGAUUGUGUGGAAAACUUAAGGAGUUUUCAGGAAUGUAUGCAGAAAUACCCUGAGCUCUAUCCACAGGAGGAUGACAAAGACAGCGCCCCCCUGGAGGGGCUGAUACUACACCUACUGAAUCCACUUCAACAUACUGUACCAUCUCCUGAUUCUGAAUCAGCGGUCACAGAAAACCCAGCAGCUAGUUAACAUUAUUGAUUAAACAAUUUAAUGAAGCAAAGUUCAAUGACGGUGUGUUUGAAGGGAUUUAGCUCAAAGGUUCUGUACCAGGUGCAAACAGUAGGGGGCAGAAGUAAACCAGAGCAGCCUUUCCUGCUAGCCUAGUGAAUGCAAAUAUCCAUUGCUGAGGUGGGGUGUGUUAACUAACGUUAAGGAGUGUUUAUAUGUCCGUUUUUGUCCCACAAACCAUACUAACCUUGAGCAGGAUUUAGAUACAUUUAUAACUAAAGUUAUCAUCUGUUACAAAACAAGCCUGGUCAGCACAUUAAAGGCAGAAUAGGUGAUCCUGUCCAGAAAUUUUUUUUGUCAUGCCGGUUGGAAAUCUCUUUACAUCCCGAUAGCCAUCAAUAAGUAAAGUGGUCCAAUGAUAAUUUUAUAAUUAUAUAUCGUCUGAGAAAGUAUUUAUAUUUGGUCUGAACGCAAUGAUAGGUGGUGUGUACAUUUUCAGUCAACGUAUUUUGCAUCCCACUGCACACCCUGUUCACGCAGACACCAUACGUCAUCGGCCCGGUCACAUACCAGGACACCGUGGGAGAAUGGCAGAAAACAGCUGGAACCUAACUUUCCCCUUGAUAAAUGUGUGCAAGUUUGCAAGUGGCACUUGCAAAGGACAAACAAAAAGAAAGACUACCACGACUCAAUCAGCAAAGAGGUGAAAGCAGAAUUCCAUUCGCUAUUACCAAAAUGCUAUUAAACAAUUUCAUAAUAGUAAACAUUAUACUAUAGUACUAAAAGUAAUUGUUACUUGACAGAAUUUAAAAGAUUCGCCUUCUAGCUUAAAGGGAUAGUUCACCCAAAAAUUAUUUACUCACCUUCUUAUGAGAAGAACGAUGAUGCCCAUUGAUUUGCAUUGGUUUUGUAUCCAUAAAAUAGAAUUUAAUGGGUACCGCCGUUGUUCAGUUACUAACAUCGUUCAAAACAUCCUUUGUGUUCUGCAGAAAAAAAGUGAUCAGGUUUGAAAUGACAAGAAGGCGAGUAAACGAUGACAGAAUUUUCAUUUGUGGGUGAACUAUCCCUUUAAGGUUGCAAUAACUAAAAACUUGAUUUAGUUAAAAUAAGUUACGUUACUCUUAGCAUGUAAUACUUUAUCUGACUGUAUGAGUUAAAAACAAAGGUAACACACUUAAGACAUGAAUCAUAUAUUUCGAUGGGUAACAAAUAAAGAGAAAAUGCUUUUAUCAGAGCACUUUGCUUUUUAAUGUUGUGUUAGCUAACACCUUCAUCUUGUUGUAUUGCAUUUAGCAAUUAUAAUGAUUGGGUCUACGCAAAACCACUUAACAUUUAAUAUUUAUACAUGUGUAUAACUGUGAUUGCAAACACACAAUUGACUUGCUCUUGAACAUUCACGAAGCGGCUUGUCCUCCAAAGCAAAGUGUGCAUUGCCAAUAUGGUCCAUCAUGGCAUAAAAAGAUUAAAAAUAGCCGCCAGGACAAUGUCCAACCGAGACUUUUAACGGGUGAAUCCACAUUCAUUCCUUCAUUAUUAACCAUUUGAUCGCCAUCAUACAUGUAUCAUGUGAAAGCAAACAUGUUUGCAACACACAGGCAACAUUGUACAAUAAAGAACAUACGAUUCUGUUUUCCUCUGAGACCGAGUUUAUUUUCCACUCUCUGAGAUGCUGCUGGAAUCUAUCAAACUUGGGCUCUUACAUAAAUGUAGACAUUAUCAUAACCUUAAUAUUGUUGGAAGAGUUGAAGCUUUAUAUUUCACUCGACUGGAUAACCUCGCCUUCAGCUAGUACCCCCGCUGUGGUUGCUCACAUGCAGGCGUCUUUUGGCCUCAUACAUCAUGCAUUAGGUGCUUUAGCUGCAAGGUGAGAUGGGAAAGUCAGUACGGUGGAAAUUAAAUACAGUGGUUGAAACCACAACGUCAAGCAUUGCUGUAUAGUUGCCGUAAUGGGCGGCAUACUGUUUUUAUAUGGUAAACACCCUCAUGAAGGUCAAAAUGCCCCUAAAAAUACAUUAAAGGGGCCAAAUAUUGGACUGCUUAUUUCUGACAGGUGUAUUUGAACAAAUAGCUUUGGGCGCUAAUGAGAUCACAGUGUAUCAUUAGAGGCCGCCGGCCGCUCUCAUUAUUGUCUGCGCAUACUGGUUAGAAAUAAUAUUGGGAUGAGGGAGGAAUCGGGGAGGAAGCUUUUUCGAAUGCCCUUCUCAAGAGAAAACUCUCGGUCUAUUCGCACAUCAUUAUAAACCGAGAUGCUUUCUCAUCUUAAAUCCAUUCUCACGAGACUCCAUGUGUGUAGGAGACAUGCCAGUUUCUCGCAGCGUGGCAUUUGUGCUCUCACACCUUUAGAAGGGAGUAAUUACAUGCGGUAUUGAGCGUGGUGAAAAAAGCUCUGGGAAAAAGUGUAAACCUGCCUCAGAAUAGCUUAUGCUCCAGAGGCGUCAAAAGAAAUUUCACUUUUAUAUCUUGAAUGUGGGAGAUGCAGCGUAUAUCGUGUUGGCUGUGUUAACAGUGCAUGUCAUUUUGCCUUUAAAUACAGCAGAUCAUGAAAGAGCACAGAGGGUACUGUAGUGUCAUCCUUGCCUUAGUUAUGGUUAGGCAAACAUUAUAACUAUAUGUGCAAAUGGUCGAUGACUUGUAGGGUUCAAUUAUAUUAGAAAAUAUAAAUAGAUAUUCUAGUUGAACCAAAUGUAUUUAUGCGAGUAAUCACUCCAUGAUUCUUUCCUCAUUUUCUCAUCCUCAUGAAAGUCUAAACUUGAAUGACUUUCAUUCUUCUGCAGAACACAAAAGAAGAUAUUUUGAAGAGUGUCGCUAACCAAACAACAUUGGCUCCAUUUUAUAGACACAAACCUACCGAGGCAUUUCUCAAAAUAUCUUCUAUUGUGUUCAUAAUACAGGUUUUGACUGAUAUGAGGCUGCAUGAUGAUGACAGAAUGUUUAUUUGGUGUUUUGAUGAAAGAAAUAUUUGCAGUUCAACUGUAUGUGUUUACACUCUUUGUCUUUCUCUAGUUUGUUUUGUGCAGUAUGGGUUCUGAUCUAUGGGAUGAAAUUCAUUUCAAAUUGAUUAACAAAUGCAUGCACAGUCAUCCGUGAACGUGAUACAAGUUACACUUGUAUUUUAGUAUUCACAAACAAAUGCCGUAUGAUUUGAAUCUGUGAAAUUUAGAUUGGAAUAAACAUGAGGCGAUUUGUACAAAUAGAGACAGAUUUGUGAAUACAAUGUUUUAUUUUGUGUUCAUGUAUAAUCAUUUUGCGCAUACCAAUGAGAAGUUGUGCAUUUGUGUAUCCUGCAGCGCGCGUCCAUUCAUCCUGUUCUGUGCAUUCGGAUUUUGAGACGUUCUUUACGCGGUUUUGCAUUAGACAAUCCACACACAAACAACUUCAGAUCCACGCACACCGUGCAUAAACUACGGCCUACCACUAGAUGGCAGUCUGACGGAGCGACGCAGAGGUUUGCGGCAUUGACUUUUUGAUCAAAAAGUCAAUGCAAAAAAUGGCAUUGACUAGACUUUUUCAUUGUCCGUCAUUUUGAACAACGUUAUCGUUGUAUUAUUAUAAAAAGUGUAAACAUAUUUUCAGUUCGUUUUGAAACUAUUGCGAAACAGAUUAGACGGUGGUGGGCGAAUGGGCGAGAGUCAUUUUGAUGGAUUACAAUGAGGGCAAUUUGUAAUUCCCCUUUAUCUCAAAUUGGUAGCAUCCAAUCAUUUCCUUUCAUCAGAACGUGAUCGCAAGUGACCGGAGGAAAGGGCGCAUGUUUCCCGAUUCAUUACUCAUAAACGUCUCGCCCAUUCAGGAAAACGGGAUCCGUGGAGGCUCGCGGUGCCGAGCCAGGCGCCGCGCGUGUAUAAACAAGUCAUUAGACU